AUGAACAAAGGGUACCUAAAUGGAGUUGUUUUUCUUGACCUAAAGAAAGCAUUUGAUUGCGUAGACCACAGUAUCCUACUCAGAAAAUUAGAACUUUAUGGCAUAAAAGGGGUUGAACUAAAUUGGUUUAAAUCAUACUUGUCAAAUAGAAUCCAAAGGUGUAAGAUUGGACAAACUAUUUCAGAGCCGCAAAAAAAUCGUAGUGGAGUACCCCAGGGAUCUAACUUGGGUCCUCUGCUAUUCCUUCUUUAUAUUAACGACUUGCCAAAUUGUUUAAAAUAUACUAAAGCGAAUAUGUUUGCCGACGACACAAAUCUAACCACUGCGAGCUUAAAUAAAGAAGAACUACAACGGCGAUUAAAUUCCGACCUAGAGCUUAUGCACAACUGGUUGUUGGCCAAUAAAUUGACAUUAAAUAAAGAUAAAACAGAAUAUAUGCUAAUU